GACAUCACCCGCGCGCUAGAGAGAGGCGGCGGCGAGGGUGGCAACAGCAGCAGCAGCAGCAGCAGCAGCUGGGCUUUGUGAAUCGGCCUUUGUGAAUCGGGCAGGGGGAAGGCGAGGCCAGGCAAGGAGAAGGGGGGGCAGCAGCAGCAGCUGGUCCGCCAGCCAGCCAGACAAAGGCAAGCCGAGGAAGGGGCCCCGCCAGCCAGCCCGACGCCGUUUCCCCCUCUCGCCCGGCUUUUGCGCGCCCCGCCAUGACGGCCAACGGCACUUCGGAGUCGCUCCAGAUCCAAUUCGGCCUCAUCAACUGCGGCAACAAGUACCUGACGGCCGAGGCGUUCGGCUUCAAGCUCAACGCGUCGGCGCCCAGCCUGAAGAAGAAGCAGAUCUGGACGCUGGAGCAGGCGGCCGAGGACUCGACGGCCGUGUACCUGCGCAGCCACCUGGGCCGCUACCUGGCGGCCGACAAGGACGGGCACGUCAGCUGCGACAGCGAGGCGCCCGCCUCGGCCGACUGCCGCUUCGUCAUCCUGGCGCACGACGACGGGCGCUGGUCGCUGCAGUCGGAGCCGCACCGUCGCUUCUUCGGCGGCACCGAGGACCGCCUGUCGUGCUUCGCGCAGAGCAUCUCGGCGGCCGAGAAGUGGAGCGUGCACCUGGCGCUGCACCCGCAGGUGAACAUCUUCAGCGUCACGCGCAAGCGCUACGCGCACCUGGCGGCCGCCCGCGACGAGAUCGCCGUGGACCGCGACGUGCCGUGGGGCCUGGACGCGCUGGUCACGCUGGUCUUCCAGGAGCAGCGCUACAGCCUGCAGACGGCCGACCACCGCUUCCUGCGCCGCGACGGGCAGCUGGUGGCGCGGCCCGAGCCCGACGCCGGCUUCACGCUGGAGUUCCGCGCCGGCAAGGUGGCCUUCCGCGACGCCGACGGCAAGUACCUGGCGCCCUCGGGCCCCAGCGGCACCCUCAAGGCCGGCAAGAGCGCCAAGGUGGGCAAGGACGAGCUCUUCGUGCUCGAGCAGAGCAGCCCCCAGGUCGUGCUGCGCGCCGCCAACGACAGGAACGUCUCCAUCCGACAAGGAAUGGACCUUUCUGCCAAUCAGGAUGAGGAGAGCGAUCAGGAAACCUUCCAACUGGAAAUCAACAAAGAUACUAAGAAAUGCACCUUCCGGACCUAUACUGGGAAAUACUGGACCCUGACCUCCAAUGGGGGGGUGCAGUCCACUGCCUCCACUAACAGGAAUGCCAACUGUUACUUCGACAUCGAGUGGUGCGAUCGGCGCAUCACCCUGAAAGCGGCAAACGGCAAAUACGUCACAGCGAAGAAGAACGGGCAGCUGGCCGCCACGGUGGAGACAGCCAGUGAGACAGAACACUUCCUCAUGAAGCUGAUCAACCGGCCCAUCAUCGUUCUGCGGGGGGAGCAUGGCUUCAUCGGCUGCCGGAAAGUGACAGGAACCCUGGAUUCCAACCGCUCCUCCUACGACGUCUUCCAGCUGGAGUUCAACGACGGGGCCUACAACAUCAAAGAUUCCACUGGGAAGUACUGGACGGUGGGCAACGAGGCCUCCGUCUCCAGCAGCAGCGACACGCCGGUGGACUUCUUCUUCGAGUUCUGCGACUACAACAAGGUGGCCAUCCGAGUGAACGGGAAAUACUUGAAGGGCGACCACGCCGGAGUCCUCAAAGCCUCUGCCGACACAAUCGACCCCUCCACCCUCUGGGAGUAUUAAAUGCACUUUAGCACUUCCCUCUCUCGUUCCAAGCUCUCCAUCCAUCCGCCCCCCCUCCCUCCCCCCCUCUGUCUCCCCUAUUCACUUUCAGUUGCCAAUUUCUCAUGUUUUCCCUGUUCGGUUGCCUCCCUUCCUAAAACAGAGAGGCUCCCUUCCCCGGCUGUCCUGCUGCUUCUCUCCCACCGUAGAAGUUUUGGGUUGAUCUUGUCUCUUUGAAACUGGAAAAAUGUUAUUAACCUGCAGAAAACGGUGCACUUCUUGCGGGGUGUGUGUGCGUGUGUGUGUGUUGCUUUGUUGGAAUACCAAACUUGGUCCUCAGAAUUUGAAAGGGAAUAAAUCCCGCUAAAGUAGGGCAGCCUCUGUCGCCCCCUUUAUUGGCAUCUCCCCUGAUGCCAUUUAUGUGGGGCGAAUCUAAUAUUGACCUAAGCCAAGAAGCUAGUUUAGCGAAGCCUCUGCUGUUUCCGCUUUCUUGGUUCAAUGCUGGCCAUGUGGAUAAGCCUGAAAAGGGCUUCUCCCUUCUUCUGUAGCUGGUCAGGAUCUGUCUGUCUCUCUUUCCUGCUUGGCUUUUUCAUAAACACUUCCUUUUCCUUACUCAGGCAGAGAAGUCUUCUCCCGGCACACCUUGUCCCUCCACGAAGUGUCAGGGGGGACAGCCAGAUGGACGGUGUGUGGGGGAUAAGUCCAAGGGUCAGUUUAGAGACUGACUUUGGCCAGCGAGUUAAGUACAGUUACUGAGGACUAGGAGCUUUGCCCCUGUUUUUAAAAAUCAGCGAGCUGCUUUUGGUGGACCACUGCUACGUCAUUCAUCUCGUGGGGGGCUGAGCUUGAGGAAGAGCUCGCCCUCCGUUGCUCUUAGGUGCCCAGGGAGCAUCUCUUGAGUAAAGGCUUGAGACAACCGCACUGCCUAAGCUGUGCCACUGCCUUACUCUCCCUCUCUGUGUCCCUCGGGGGCUGCAAGUUGUUCUUAGAGCCCCCUUUCCUCCCCUCUUUUAUAUUCCUGUCUUUGAUAUCUCGAAAUAAUAAUAAUAGAAGGGAUCACAGCUACCUGUGAAAUUACUGCCUGUCCAUGACGGCAUCUGAUAAAUGUCAAACUGCACACCUGAUCUGCACCAGUCCCUCUUCCUUGCCUCCCAUAGGGGGUGGGGGCCGUGAAAGACCUUUAUUUUACUCCUCCGUGCCUCCCAACAAGGAGUGGUUGGCCCCAGAGCCACGGAUGGUGUCGUUUCGCUCUUCCUAAGUGACCCUCUCCUGGCUGGGACUUGUCUGAAGGAGAGCCUUAUCUCAGUCUUGUUUGUGUGGGUGCAGAAGCAGAGUUUGGGGCUGAGGAAGAGGCCAGGGAAGGUGGUGAAAGGGGCGUGACACUCACAUUGCAGAGGUCUUUGAGAAGGGGGCUCUCUACGCUUUUCAACCGCUUCCUGAACUCUGUGGGGAAAGCGAGUUGCCGCUCUCAGUUCACAGGAAUAGACAGCCUUUUUUAAAAUUAGCAGCCUUUGCACAGUAAUAGCACAGCACAUUUCCUCUCCCCCCCCC